GCGAUGCUGCUGAAAGCUGUGCUGCUCUUCGGCGCCGUCGGCACGUCGGCGCUUGCGUCCUUCGCCGUGGCUCCGCGCCACCACCUGCGCGUUGCACCGCAGCGCGCCGCCGUCGCGCUUCCGACCGCCGCUCGGCUGGCGCCGCGUGCGCCGGCAAUCUUCAUGGCCGACGCGGCCGAGGCCAAGGAGAGCGAUGGCGUGUUUGAGACGCUCAAGACGGCCUCGUUCUUCGCGCUCUGGUACCUCUUCAACAUCGGCUACAAUAUCUACAACAAGAAGGCGCUCAACGCGCUGCCCAUCCCGUGGACGAUGGCGCUCCUCCAGCUCUUCGUCGGCAUCCCGUACUGUCUCUUCCUCUGGACCACCGGGCUGCGCAAGGCGCCAAAGCUGUCUGCUGACAACGUCAAGACGCUCAUCCCAGUGUCGCUCGGCCACCUCGGCACGCACAUCGGCGCGGUCAUCUCGCUCGGCGCCGGCGCCGUCUCCUUCACUCACAUCAUCAAGGCGUCCGAGCCGGUCGUCUCCGCCGCCCUCUCCUUUGCGAUCCUCGGCGCCGUCUCUUCGUGGCAGACGUACCUGACGCUGCUCCCCAUCGUCGGCGGCGUCGCCCUCGCCUCUCUCAAGGAGCUCUCCUUCACCUGGGUCGGCUUCAUCGCCGCCAUGGUCUCGAACCUAUCCUCGGCGAUGCGCGGCAUCCUGGCAAAGAAGACGAUGGGGGGCGGUGUCGGCGAAAACAUGAGCGAGGCGAACCUGUACGGCGUGCUGACCAUUCUUGCGACCAUCGCCCUCUUCCCGGUCGCCCUCGCCAUCGAGCCUCCCGCCGCCAUCCGCGCCGCCUGGACCGCCGCCACCGGCGCCGGCAUGACGGCGGGCUACCUCGCAAAGAUGUCGCUGCUGUCCGGCGCCUUCUACUACCUGUACAACGAGGUUGCCUUCCUCGCCCUCGGCCGCGUCAACCCGGUGACGCACGCCGUCGGCAACACCAUCAAGCGCGUCGUCAUCAUCGUCGCUUCGGUCAUCGCCUUCAAGACGCCGAUCUCCACGCUCGGCGUCAUCGGCUCGAGCAUCGCAAUCGCCGGCACGCUCCUCUACUCUCUCGCCAAGAACAAGUUUGGCUGAGCUCCCCCCCCCCACCCCCACCCGCCUCCGCGGCCGCGACUCUCUGCUCCCCUCUUCUCUCAACGGAAGGCGGCCGGAGGCGCACUCCUCUCUUGGCACUGGAGGGGCGCGAGGUUGCGGGCGCCGGGAGGCGUCGAGGGGGCGGCGGGCGUGGCGCCGAAUUACGACAUCACGAGACGGUCGCGUCACUUGUGCCACAUGGCCCCACGUGGAGUCGCGGUUUGGACAGACGCAAUUUGGAGGGUUCUAGCGCAGCUGCAUGGGGGCUAUAUAUGUAAGUCUAAUGUGCGUGCGCGGUCUGCGGAGAAUCCCGUGCGCUGUCAUAGGUAGCAUCCAUGUGCCAUGUUG